GACCAACUUCCGUUAUGUGUCGCACAAUUUACGUAUUUCCGCUCUCGGUCAUUCCCAUACUUCCCGGAGAGAAGAGCGAGGAAGAGACGGCAGAAUGCUGGCCACAAGAGCCCUCAGCCUUAUUGGCAAACGUGCCAUUUCCACAUCUGUCUGUGUACGUGGAGGACAUGGUGUUGCUAAGGUGGAGGACUACUCUCUUCCCCCCUACUUUGAUAGGCGGGAGAGCCCUCUCCCAGAAGUCCGCUUCGUGCAGAAUCUGAGUCCUGAGCAGAAGUCCCUGAAGGAGAAGGAGAAAGGCUCAUGGGCUGCCCUCUCCAAUGAUGAGAAGAUUGCAUUGUACCGCAUCAGCUUCGACCAGAGCUUUGCUGAGAUGAAUCGGGGAUCAGGAGAGUGGAAGUCUGUGGUUGGAGGGAUUUUUGUCUUCAUGGGCCUCACUGGCCUCGUUGUGCUCUGGCAGAGGAAGUACGUGUAUGGACCUGUCCCACACACAUUUGAUGCAGAGUACAAGGAAAAGGAGCUGCAGAGGAUGCUGGACAUGAGAGUCAGUCCAGUGGAGGGCUUCUCAUCCAAUUGGGACUACGAAAACAAGAAGUGGAAGAAGUAACAGACCCAGGGGACCAACAACAUGCACUUGAAGAUAAAGGCAGACAAGAAAAACGUAUUUCUGUAUUUAUCAGUUGUCCACGUUACCUCAGUCUGUGCAUUUUGGAAGGCCACUUCCUCUUACGGUCUUUGUGUAUCAUAGAAAUAAAAAUAAAAACAGUUAAAUGAA